UUACUGCCUCUUUUUUUUUUUUUUUUUUUACAAUGCAGUAAAAGCGACCAUAAAGCAAUGCAAUGUACAAGACUGCCUGCAGCUUUCAGCUGCCUCACUUGUUCAACUCUGCUUUGACUUGCAUGCAUGGACGAUUUGCUCACGAUUCAAACUCCCCCUCUUUCAAAUGAUAUUUUACCCACAAUCCCCUGUGCACGUGCAAUACACCCCCCCCCUUUCUUUCUUUUUCUUUUUUGCAAUUUCUUGACUUAACCUAAACCGAAAUAUACGACACGGUGGAGCAGUCUGGUCGGACUGGGAGGAGUCUGGAGCCGCCUGCUCUUUUAAUUGGCUGCAGGCUACAGUGAGAAGCGUGGGUAUCGCUAAUUAUUCAGAAAUGUUUUGCUCAAGAAAUGUUGGACAGAAUGGGCGAUCUUCACCCUAGCACAGCCAUGACAUGCCCCAACAACCAGGCUGCCAAUCCGUUUUUUGUGGAUUCGCUAAUCAACGUCAGGGGCGAUGCCGGCUCGUAUUACCACAGCAACGGCGUGUAUUUACCCCCGGAAUACUCCUAUGGACUCCCCGCUGGCUCCUCUUGCUUCCCGGGAAUCGCGAAGCGAACCGAGGUGAGCGCACCGACUGGCAUCCCGCCUUCCACGCCCUAUGCUCCGGGCAUGGAGACAUGGCUGGAGGCGUCUCGCUCCUGCAGGGUGGAGCAGCCCCAGCAGUGCUCCUUCUCCGCCGCCAUAAAGGAGGAGAACGCUUAUUGCCUCUACGAAUCUGAUAAAUGCCCUAAAGGAGCCACGGUGGAGGAGAUCUCCUUUUCCGGAGCGUCGUGUCCGCCCACAGGCGGCAGCACUGUGCCGGUUCCCGGCUACUUCCGCUUGUCGCAGACCUACGCCUCCUCCAGGCUUUACCACCAAGCCCAGCCGAGCGUGAAUGACUUCCCUCCGCAGCGAGCUCCUCGUGCGCCCGCGCAGCUGACUCCACCCGCUCCGGCCGCUUCCUCCAGGCAGCGGGAGAGCCACGAGGAUGCGCCCGUCUCCGAGCCCUGUGUCCCGGCCAGAGAGGAGGACAGCCGGCUGUCCUCCGAUGAGUCGUCGUCCCCGGAGCCUGCGGAUGCAUGCGACGUGGACUGUGAAGAAAAGCCAUUAAAAGAUGCUGGCAAAACGGAGAGCCCGGCGAACUGGCUGACCGCCAAGAGUGGCAGAAAAAAGCGCUGUCCCUACACUAAGCACCAAACUCUGGAGCUGGAGAAGGAGUUUCUGUUCAACAUGUACCUGACCAGGGAGCGGCGCUUGGAGAUCAGCCGAAGUGUGCACCUCACCGACAGGCAAGUGAAAAUUUGGUUCCAGAACAGGAGGAUGAAACUGAAAAAAAUGAGCCGGGAGAACAGGAUCCGGGAGCUGUCCGGGAACUUCGCUUUCUCCUGAGACUUAGCGGACUCAUCCCCAUCGCGGCCGACGGUGAGAAGAACCGGACCUUCUAUGCUAGGCUAACUUAUUGAAUGUUAUUCUUUCCGCUUUUUAUCGUCGUGGAUGUGUAUUUAUAGAAAUGACAUUUGUAACCGGUGUGUUUGAAAUGUUCAGAAUGUGAACGCAAUGUAUGGACAUAAUGUAAAGUGAAAGCAUUGCUACGCGCAUGUGUACCUCCUCAGUGUUACAGUAAGAAAUGAAUGUGUAUUUGCACACUUUUGCUGGUCAACGUAAUAAUAAUAAUAAAAACAAUCCUCGUAAAUGUUAACUCUUUAUUUUACGCGCUGUAUCAAUGACAGAUUUGGGCUCAUGCAUAUUUGGGGAAAUUUGUGUUUGUCAAUAACACAACGUUGAACCACAUCACAUUCGCAAUGACAAACUCUUCACAUCCAUCUUUCAUAACUCCUAAUGGCGCAAUGUUAAAAUGAAUUCUAAUUGCUUAUGACAAAAUGCCGUCAUGUUAGUAUUAUUAUUAUCAUUAUUGUUAUUGUUAUUUUUUGCACUACAUCUGUUUUUGUGACUCCCGGUGACACUGUGUUUAAAAGCAUUAUACUUCCCAUUGACACAGUGUUAACAUGCAUGUUAUGGUAACUCCCCAGUGAAGGUUAAAAUUCAGCUGUGCUCAUUCGUUUUCAUAUCCUGGCAGAAAUUGUGAAUUCAUCGUAUUCUUUUUUUUUUCUUAAGCGAAAGAUGACUAAAGACUGAACGGGGACUAUCUCAUUAUGUUCUUUAUAGCUACGUUUUGUUUUAUGAUUGUGUUUGUCUGCGAUGUUUUACAGUUAAAGUUGAUUUAACUUGAAAAUAAAAUGUGUUUUUUUUCUCAUAUAUGUUUUCGGUCAAGAACGGUGCAGAUCUUUAACAUUUUGGCACGAGAGUCUGUAAACGUAUAUGCACACGACUGUAAUUCCGGAUGGCACAUUGUUAAAACGCAUUUGCUGUAAUAACUUCCAAUAACAGUAAUAACAGAAUGUUAAAAUGGUUUUUAAUUCCACGCUGUUCAAGCGCGUAUAUUGUAGUUACUAGCUCUACUGACGCAAUGUUAAAAUCUAUCUUGGCACAAUGUUAAAAUGCAUUUCAAUUUCCGAAUGAUUCCAUGUUAAAAUGCAUGUUAAGGAAACUAUCACAGGUCAUCUUUUAUGGCGCCACGAUGCAAAUGCUAGUGUUAAAGUAAUUCCCAAUGACACAGUAGAAAAAUGCAUUUUAAUUUCUCACGACUCCUGCAUGUUAAGAUGUAUGUUAUGAUAAGCGAAGUGACAAAAUGUUGCAAUCGUUCUGUGGUCUGUCUUGAUUGCAAUCCUAAAGUCACAGUGUGAAAAUGCAUUUUAACUCUCAUUGACUAGCCACUCAAAGCCAUUUUCCGCAGUACCUCCCAAAAAAAUAAUUAAAUUGCACCUAUGAUAACGUUCCAUGACAGAAAGUUCCCUUAUUUUGUAAUUCCCAAUAGCACAAUGGUAAAAUGCAUCAGAUAUAGUUCCACUGACACAAAAUGAAAUGCAUAAAUGACACAAUUAUAUGGUUAUCGUAACUCUUAUUGUCACAGUGUUGACAUGCUUCUAAAUUCUCUUGACACUAUUUUAAUCUGCAUCUGUUAUGAUUACUCCCGGUGACUCAAUGUUAAAAGUCAUUCUGAUUCCCAUUGUUAACAUUUUGAAAAACAACACAAUGCUCAAAUGCAUGUCAUUUCCACUGACUCAACGUGAAGGACACUACAGUGUAUGUUGAAGUGCAUCUUUUCAAGUCGUGUCGCUGCAGAAGAGGAAAGCGGGGCUCUGGAGUGGUUUAGGUAGUCUCAUGUUGUUGGGCUAUAUGUGACUUUCGUCCCACAACAGGAAACUGCCUUGAUUACCUCAGUAAAAACUCGUCGAAGGUUGUGAAAAGUGACUUUCUAUUCAUUAGCCAUUGUACUUAUCAAUAAUUUGGCAGCAAGCAAAUAAAACGCACUAUACUCCCACA